UCCUCCUCCUGUGGGCGCCAGCGUAUAAAAGCGAGGGGCGCUCUCCGAGCCGCACACACUCUGAGUGAGGCUCGGCGCAGGCAUCACACACAUAAACAGCAAUCAUGUCCACUGGAGAUAAGCCCAAGACUUCCUCCCAGACUGACGGCAAGGCCACCCAGGGCAAGAAGUCUGAGAUGGGGAUGAUGUCCUACAAGAUGUACGUGUUCGAUCAGGAGAACUUCCAGGGUCGCAUGAUCGAGAUCGUCAACGAGUGCAUGAAUGUGUGUGAGAUGGGCAUGGACCGCGUGCGUUCCCUGCGCGUUGAGUGUGGACCCUUCGUUGGAUUUGAGCAGAUGAACUUCUGCGGUGAGAUGUACAUCCUGGAGAAGGGCGAGUAUCCCCGCUGGGACUCCUGGAGCAACUGCCAGAGGAAUGACUACCUGCUGUCCUUCAGGCCUGUCAGAAUGGACCCCGAGAAGCACAAGAUCUGCCUGUAUGAGGUGGGAGAGUUCAAGGGCCGCAAGAUGGAGAUCAUGGACGACGACGUCCCCAGCCUGUUCUCCUAUGGCUUCACAGACAGAGUGGGCAGCAUCAUGGUCGGCUGUGGAACCUGGGUGGGAUACCAGUUCCCCGGAUACCGCGGCAGCCAGUACCUGCUGGAGAAGGGCGACUACAGGCACUUCAACGAGUACGGCGCCCGCUACCCACAGUUCCAGUCCGUGAGGCGUAUCCGUGACAUGCAGUGGCACCCACACGGCUGCUACACCAUGGCCAGCAAGUGAGGCUCAGGGAAGGAGAGAAAGAGAAAGAGCGUUAGUGAGGGAGAGGGGCGGAGGAAGAGGGAGCGGGGGAGAGAUGUCUGAGGUCUUCAUCUCAGUGCCUCUUGAAGGUCUGUGAUCUAACGGAGUGAAAGGAGAAGGUCUGCGUCUGUCCCCCGCCCCCCCGAUCAGAGACGAGACCUAUGUGGAACGACCAGCUGGACCAGUAAAAACCACCAGAUCCACCCUCCAUCCCUCUCUGUCUCUACUUUUCUCUUUCUCCCCUCUGGGCUGCACUUUGCUUCCCCCUUUUUCUUCCUUUUUUUUUUUWAAACUCUCUCAGUUCAAACCCCCUCCACAGUCGUCUGAGACACCAGAGAGGAAACUCAGUACCUCUUGCUGUUUUACACACACGAUUCUCGGCUCAGGGUAUGAUGCACCAUGGGAAACUGAGUCCCACUCCGCCCCCUCCGCCCCUGUCUCCUCUUGCCCCUAUGCUUUACAAACCCUCUCUGCUGUACAGAAUCUUGGCCAAGUUUUCAAUAAAAAGAAAAACUUUGAUUUCAAAGA